GUGCCCGAACAGAACCGCUGCGAGGGUUACCAGCACUACCUGGCUUGGGUGAAGGGCACGCGCUCGCCUCAGACAUCUGCUGCCGUGAGUGACACACCGGAUCUUAUUUAUGGUCUGUUCGCUGCCUGCAUCUUGCAGGUCCUGCGACGUCCCACAUACAAGGGGCAUGUGCAGUCGGCUGUGUCGCUGCCCGUGGAUGGGACAACAGUGCUCGGAGCUGUCCUUGUGUUGGCGUGUGUGCUUCCCACUGCCACCCUAACGGGUGACGCAGUGCAAUCCUGCUGGCGAGUGCUGCAGUCCCUUGAAGCACACAUGCAACUCAACGUCAGUCUGCAGCUCUUGCCUCACGAGCCGGUUUUCAGCCUGAAGCUGGAGAACGGCAUGGCUUUGACGAGCGACCUCAAGAAGAUUUUGAGAGAGAUCGAACUGCCCUGGUGCAGGUUUGCUCGCAAACUACCAAAGUCAGUGGAUCGUUCCAUGCCCUUCAGCGCCAUCCUCAUAGCUCUACUGCGACUUCGCAGCGACUCCGUGUGCUGGCAGAGCCUUCCAUUUCGACGACUCUGCAAGAGAUCGCUACACUUGUUCUGCCAGCAUGCCUCACGUAUGCUGGGAUCCAAGAUCACAUCCGAGUGUCCGCUGCCGGACAUAGCGGCAAAAUAUCACCCGUAUAUGAAAACGUCCCGCAUGAGAGGCAACAAGUGCUUGGAAAUGAGCUUGAUACAGAAAUUCAUGACACGGGGGGGAGGCUUCGUGUCGGCGAAGCAAGAGACGAUGCUGUCCGACCUGGGCCUGGUUAAGCAUCGCACCGCCUUUGCCAACAAGACCAGCACGGAGUUCGUGGCCAGAAAUCUCCUUCGGACCGCCGAGUACGUCAGCAGCGUCAUUGAGAGACAAAGUCUGAAGACUGUGAACAUUUGCUUCGAUACUGCGAGAGUUUGCCACGAGGACGUCCUUUCCCUCGUUUUCCGUAUGGACGGACGCCAGUUUGCUGGCAGCAUGCAAAUGCUCUCUGCAAGCACUGCCUCGGCAAGUGAGGCUGCUGAUGCGGCCAAGUCCUUCGGCGAAGCCUUGCAACAUGAGCUCCCUGAAACUGGUCGCGCACGUGUUGAGAUCCACAAGGGCUCCUUCGCCUUCAAGCAGUUCAGAACGAAGACAAAGCAGAUGCUUUGCGCUGUAGCGAAUUCUUUGCAGCAAGCCCUGCCGACUGGCUUCACACUCCUGCAGGCCAAACCUUCGCACGAGCUGCUGCCGUGCGGUCCACAUGGCCAGCGCUUCCGAUUGAUGCCACAGGAGGCGGAAGCGAUGGGCUUGCCGGAGGACGACAAAUGCAGAUUCUUCGUGUACGACUUCGACAGCCACGUCCCGCGCAAAGACUUCCUUGACAACGACGACUUUUACCACUUAUGUUUCGCAGCAGACGAGGGAACUGAGGCCGGGAAAACAUUCUACCUUUCUUGA